CAGCAGCACUGUGACUGGCUGGUAGUCCUCACACACACACUCACACACACACACUGCCAGCGCUGGGAAAUAAAUAAACACACGGAUGUCAUGCAUCGGGAGUUGGUUGACCAUGGCUAAAACCCGUGUUUUGUUGGCCGCUGUCCUCCAGGCAAUGCUAUGGGGAGCCUGCGGAGCUCUGUGGUGUAACUGCACCACCAUCCUGUGCAGGAAGACCAGCCAGUGUGAGACGGACGGGGCCUGCAUGACCUCCACCUCCGUCCUUGAGGGCCAGGAGCAGCACGUCCGCACCUGCAUCACCCGUGACAACCUGGUGCCCCCCGGGCAGCCCUUCUACUGCCUGGGGGCCGCCGGCCUGCUCAACAUCUACUGCUGCUACACCGACUACUGCAACAGCAUCGACCUCCAGGUCCCCUCUGCCACGUCGCGGUCGGGGCUGGCGGCGGGCGUGGAGCCGGCGGGGCCCUGGGGCCCGGUGGAGCUGAUGGCGGUGAUCGCGGGCCCCGUGUUCCUGCUGUGCCUGCUGCUGAUGGUGGGCGUGUUCCUGUUCCAGUACCACCAGCGGGCCUACAGCCACCGGCAGCGGCUGGAGGUGGAGGACACCUCAUGCGACCACCUGUACCUGGCCAAGGACCGGACGAUCCAGGACCUCAUCUACGACAUGUCCACCUCCGGCUCCGGCUCAGGCCUGCCCCUGUUCGUCCAGCGCACGGUGGCCCGCACCAUCGUGCUGCAGGAGAUCAUCGGGAAGGGGCGCUUCGGCGAGGUGUGGCGCGGCCGCUGGCGGGGCGGCGACGUGGCCGUGAAGAUCUUCUCGUCCCGGGAGGAGCGGUCCUGGUUCCGCGAGGCGGAGAUCUACCAGACCAUCAUGCUGCGGCACGACAACAUCCUGGGCUUCAUCGCCGCCGACAACAAAGACAACGGCACGUGGACCCAGCUGUGGCUGGUGUCGGACUACCACGAGUACGGCUCGCUGUUCGACUACCUGAACCGCUACCCCGUCACCAUCGAGGGGAUGAUCAAGCUGGCGCUGUCGGCGGCCAGCGGCCUGGCCCACCUGCACAUGGAGAUCCUGGGAACCCAAGGGAAGCCGGGCAUCGCUCACCGAGACCUCAAGUCCAAGAACAUCCUGGUGAAGAAGAACUGCACGUGCGCCAUGGCCGACCUGGGCCUGGCCGUCCGCCACGACUCCCACUCGGACACCAUCGACAUCGCCCCCAACCAGAGGGUGGGCACCAAGAGGUACAUGGCGCCGGAGGUCCUCGACGAGAGCAUCAACAUGAUGCACUUUGACUCCUUCAAGUGCGCCGACAUCUACGCCCUGGGGCUGGUGUACUGGGAGAUCGCCCGCCGGUGCCACAGCGGAGGGGUCCACGAGGAGUACCAGCUGCCCUACUUCGACCUGGUGCCGUCCGACCCGUCGAUCGAGGAGAUGAGGAAGGUGGUGUGCGACCAGAAGCUUCGGCCCAACGUCCCCAACUGGUGGCAGAGUCACGAGGCGCUGCGCGUCAUGGCCAAGGUCAUGAGGGAGUGCUGGUACUCCAACGGCGCCGCCAGACUCACCGCCCUGCGCAUCAAGAAGACCCUGUCCCAGCUCAGCGUUCAGGAGGACAUUAAGGUCUGAGCUCAGUGACCGCGCAGCCCUGAGGACAGCUCACCACCUGGGGAAGGACGGACCCCUGCUCCCCCCCCCCCCCCCUCUCUACGGGACGCAGGAACACAGGCAAGCCUUUGGAGAGCAGAAGCUGAAGGUGAACGCCAGUGGCUCUGUAAAUCGUCACUCCAUUAACACUCCUGCCAGCACCGAAGCCCCUCGAUCGGAGCUCCCUGAAGCCCUACCUCGUGACCCGGCCAAACUACUGAACCGCCCCUCUCCUGUCCGUCGUCGGUCCGUCUGACCGACCGACCGACCGACCGACAGACGGAUCCUUCCGCCCGGCACUGUACAGAGGAGAUCAGGAUGUGUAAAUAAUAUCGUUGUGUUGUGAUAGUCCACCGGACCCCGCCCUCUUCAACCAGCCCCCCCCCCCUGACCCCGGCCUGCUCCCUGGUGAGGCCAGCUCGUGGUUCCUCGUGAGUCCCACCGGUUCCUUUGAUCUCCGUUAUACAGGCGCACGUUUCCUCGGCAACACACUGGAGAGCUUACUGAAUAAUCAUGUUCUGCUCGACGGCAGUCUCCCCCUGGAUGUCGUGCAACCUGUUCGGCAUGUGGUCCAGCCUCCCUUGUACAGGCGGACCCCAGAUCUGUCACUGCGGUCCAAUCAGUUCUUAGCCCCUUGGAUGGGCCCACAGUAGUGGUGUAACGGUUCACGGGUUACCCGUGAUCCGUACGGAUCAACCCUCACGGUUCGGGACGCGAGUGAUCCGCGGAUCGGCUGAUAAAAAAAAAAAGAAGAAGUUGUGAGUUCACGUGAUCAGUGCAUGUUUACAUGCAAGGACAAUUCCGGUAUUUACAACAUCAUUAAGUAUCGUAGCGAAAUACAGUUUCUGUCGUUUUAUUAGGCGUUCUGUAAAUCCCAUUGAAACCGUAACCGUAACCGGAAAUGUUUAUGUUUGGUUGUAGUCUUUUCGCUCGGUUCUCCGUAUCAACAGUAGGGCUAGAACCGAGCGAAAAGACUACAACCAACCCCCCUUGCAAUGUUCAAUGAGUCUUCCAUCAGAAAUGAGUGGAUUUACAAAAUGCCAAAUAAAACACGACAUAAACUGUAUUUCGCUACCAUACUUGAUGAAAAAAAAAAAAAAGAAGAUGAGGAUGUCUGCAUUGCCUGGGAAGAGUGUAGACUCUAAAAUCUCCCCAGGCAAUGGAGACAUCCUUAAUGUUAAAUUGUAAAUCCAGGGUUAGGGAUUAUUUACUAUCCAUGUUAAUAAGAAGAAGGAAUAAUGCCUCAGAUUGCAAUUUUUUUAAAUAUUGACUAUGCUUAAAGGAAGCAGGAUUAUUACCUAACUUUGUGCUUUAUUUUGUUUUUACACAUUUGAAGAUAUUAUUUAAAGUUUAAAUUUGUCUUGUUAUCUUUUUUGUUGUUGUUGAUCCAAAAAUGAUCCGACCCGUGACUCAAAAACCGUGACACGAUCCGAACCGUGAGUUUUGCGAUCCGUUGCACCCCUAGCCCAUAGCCUCUCACCCCACGACUGACCCCAGAUCUGUCACAGCGGUCUGAUCAGGUUCUUGGCCCCUCGGAUGGGCCCAUAUCCUCUCGCCACGCACGCACGGUACCUCCUCAGGUGUUCCCCCAACCUUCUGAUCCACAGCUCUGCUCUGUGUGACUUCAAAACCAAAACCUCUAAACCCAGCAGACCCGGGUCGAGUCGAUGGAAAGUGGAGACGCGCGGUAGGCCUGCGGCUCCCGGCUGGGGACACGAGACGUCUCGUCUUUCAAGCGUCCCCUACAGAGACCUCUGUCCUGACCUACCGUCACCAUAGCAACGUUAGGAAGAGGGGGCAAGCAGGUCAACCACUCCUGGUUAGAUUAACCUUUUGCCAGAUUUAACACACUCCAGUAGGUUGAAGAAGAGGUUAUUUGUUUGUGCUUGAGGCUCACAAACUAUUACUGCUGUACAUAGAUUAUAAAUACAAUCAGUUGAUGGUCGUUUGGUAUUUAGAUCACUUGGUGGAAUACACUUUGAUACUCAUCUCAAAAUGCGUUGCUAUCCUCGAUGGUUUGAUGUACGAUAGUGAACCUUCAAUUACUACGCACAUAUUCUGUUGCUCGUCGUGUUUCUGUCCACCCAUUGGUCCGUGUCGUUCCAGCUCCUCCCCCUCUCCUUACCUCGCCACGCUCAGCCAGAAUGUCUGUAUCCUUCUCUUUGGGGCUCUGUGCUAAACAGAACAAGGUACUGCUGAUGUAAAGUCUCUAGCACAUUAUUUAUAAUAUCCUUUCCUCAUGCUGUGAGUUUCUAGGAAAUCCUUUGAAGGUGAAGACUAACCUGAUGGUGACAGGUUACACUAGCCCGUGUUUGUUCAGGAUUUCCUCACUGAGAGGCAAGGUUUCCACGUAAACCUCACCCAUCGGUUGUAUUACUCUGACUCACGCAGCAGAUUCGAUUUUGUAUGAUCUGGUAUUUCUUACAAGUCCUGGGGAGAGUUUGUUUAGCACUAACUGUAACCUUAUUAUUCGUGAAACCUAACUACUACUGAUUCAUCUCGUGGUAUCGCACAUGAACUUGUAUUUAUUGGUUAGAAUGUAUGCUUUACCUGCACUGUUUUGUUGAUUUUGCACACAUCUCUAUGAGGAUAGUCAGUGGCUGGAGGCUCAGAGAUGGAUCUCUACAAUCAUAACGUCUAAAUGAUCCCCAACGUGUACAAUUUAAACAUGUCUUGCCUAACAAUUUACGUGAUUUAUCUUUUUAAAUAAUAUUUUAAGUACACUUAAAGAUAAGCAAUGAGACUUCUCAUAUAUUACUCAAAGACCAAAUGUUUGCUCACACACACGAUUGAUAUUUCCUCAGUCUCAACACUACACUGUACUUACAUUAUUGAAUUAAACAUAUAUUUGACUUUCCAUGAAAAAUGAAUAAAAUGUACUAUGGUUCGGUGA